AUGACACGUUUUUCGGUCUCUACGCUCAUUCCUCUUCUUUUUAUCAGCGGCGUUUCUGGGAAACUGAUUCAAGCCGCUGCAGGAGACGAUGUAACGUUUCCCCUCACAGAGGAGUGCAUGAAAGGAAGAGGCACGCUGAAACGUCGCCUGCAGGACAACAGCCUCCAUUCGGUCGGGGAUCUCGACGGCAGCUGGAAGCCGGCUCCAGGUUAUAUUAGCAGGUUUUUCCAAAGCAGCGACUCUGUGAUACUGACAAGUGCAGAUAUCAGUGAUGAAGGCUAUUACGAGUUUGACUGCAACAACAAGAAAGAAGAGAGUGCACAGCUGCAGGUAUUCAUACCUUCUGAUGUUUUUGUACACGAGGGCGAGGAUGCCAUCCUCCCGUGCCGCUCCAUCACAGCAGGUCAGUGGGUGAAGUCUGUGCGCUGGAGGAGAGAUGGAGAGGUGGUGCUGGAUGUCCGGUCGGGGAAAACCACAUAUGGAAAAAGCUUUGAUGAAAGCCGGGUCUCAAUACCAUCAGACUGGGACCAACGAGCAAACCUGUCCCUCAUCAUAAAGCGAGCCGAGGCGAGAGACGGAGGAGUUUAUUACUGUGACAUCGACAAAGUGGAGAAACACCGCUCCGCUGUCCGCCUGCACGUCUCCACACCACCAACACCACCGAGCACCACAUCCCAGCCUACAACCACAGAGAGGCCAUCAGAGUGCUCCGACUGGUCAUGGAGCACUUUCUCCAUAACGGCAGCUGUAUUUGUGAUCGUUGCCCUGCUUGUUUGGCUCUGCUGGUUUCUGAGGAACAGGAUAUUCAAUGUGCGCUCUCGAGGUUUUCUCUGCAACGGCACAGAGGAGGGAGGAGGAGGGGCUGAAGAGGGCAGACGGGAACUCUUACUUUAACCACCACUGAUGAAUGAAAAACAACAACAGCUCAUCACCUUUAAGUAUUUGAACUCGCCACCUUUAUGACGGCACCACUGUGCAACUCCACUGUCUCAGGUUUAGAAAUCCUCCGUUUUCCUUCUGCUCAGGCUGACUGCUGUUACAAUGUUUGAGAUUGUCUCUAUUUUUUUGCGUUUGUCUUCCAAUCAAUGAAGUAAUGCCUGUAAAUCAUCUGCUUACAUAAUCAAUGUAUAAUUUAGCUUCAAGAUGGAUGAAUGAGAUCUCUUCAGUAACAGAAUCAGAAUCGUGUUUAUUGGCCAAGUAUAUGUGCAGACACAUACAGGGAAUUUGUAUAUUGUCCUGCCUGUUUGUACAGAUUUAUUCUUUACUGUGUUUACUUUGCUUUUUGUAAAAAGCUCAGGGAAGCUGCUGUGUGCCAAUAAAGUUUUAAGUGGAUAAUAAAGUGACCUGAUGAUGAUUACAGUCA